AUGACGAACUCACACGACUCAAAACGGGGGUCGUUGGACAUCAAGGUUGGAAUUGAGUUGGAAGAGACUGCACCUAUCCGCGACCCCCUUCUCCAACACUAUGAACUCAUCCGAGACAAGUCGCCGGAAGAACUCAAAGCCCUCGAUAAGGCCGUUUGUAAGCGACUAGACUGGAAGUUUCUUCCAAUGGUUUGCGCAAUGCUGCUGAUGAAUUACCUCGACCGAAUCAACGUCUCCAAUGCCCGUUUGGCCGGUAUGCAAGAGGACUUGCAUAUGUCAGACACCAUGUGGUCCGCUGGAAUAUCGUUGUUUUAUGUUGGAUAUAUCAUCUCACAGGUGCCUGCAAACGUGAUUAUCGCCAAAGGCAAGCCGCGGAUAUUGCUUCCGUGCUGCAUGUUGGGUUGGUCCUUUGUGACCAUAUCCAUGCCUGCUGUAACUGCUGGCUGGGGAUUCCUCCCGUGCCGCUUUCUUGUUGGCCUCACAGAAGGCCCAUUCGUGCCGGCUGUGUCUCUCAUGACGUCGUCCUGGUACACCAAACAUGAGUCACCUCUUCGUAUGGGAAUAUGGCAUGCUGGCAACACCAUAUCACAGGCAAUUUCGGGUCUCCUUGCUGCUGGAGUUCUCGAAAAUAUGGAUAACAUCGCUGGCCUAUCCUCGUGGCAAUGGUUUCUUCUACUUGAAGGAAUCGUUAGUAUUAUGGUUGCUAUCGCUAGCUUCUGGUUUCUUCCCAACUUCCCCGAAUCUACAGGCACUUAUUUCCUCUCUGCCGAGGAAGCACAAAUGGCUCAAUAUAGACAAGCUGUGUCAGCCGGCGGUCGAGCUGAGGACGAUGAAGGUGAUUACUGGGGAGGCGUGUGGAUGGCACUCAAAGACCCAUUCACAUACUUCUUCUCCGCUAUUCACUUCUGUCUCAUCAUUGGACAGUCUUACAAAGACUUUUUCCCGUCGAUUUUGAAAACACUAGGCUUUAACAAGACUACCACGUAUCUUAUUCAGGCCCCUCCGCCCAUCAUUGCCUUUUUGGUCACAUUGGCUAUCUCAUGGUCCUCAGGUCGUAGAUUGGAGCACGGAUAUCACAUUAUUGUGCCCAUCCUUCUGACACUUGUCGGCUGCGUGGUGAUGAUAACCACCCUUAAUGUUGGCGCCAGAUACUUCAGCAUGAUUUUGCUGGUUACUGGACCAUUUGUCGGCCUCAAUCAAAAGCUUCAAAUAUCUUGGGAAACAACCGUGGUUCCACGCCCUCGUACCAAACGAGCAGCGCUGAUUGCCAUUGCCAACUGCGUCUCUUCCGUCUCUCAUUGGUUCACACCGUAUUUCUUUCUGCGAAACCAAGAACCCUACUAUCAAACUGGAGGCGGGCUUAUCAUUACUGGCUGCGGCUUGACGGUAGUCUUUGUCCUCAUCACAAAGUGGUACUGUCGCAAGAAGAACAAAGAAUUGGAAGAGCAAGAGAGGCUCGCAGGAGAACCAAAGGGGUGGAGAUUCGCCUCCUAA